UGAUACGAAAAUGGCGGAUAGUAACACAAAAUUUUGAGGAAGUGCGCAGUUUUAGCAUUCUUUCCUUUAUUAAUCCUUCAAAUGGCUUAAAAGUUACGCAUUGACAGCAGACAAAAAUGACGUCGGUCAAGGUUGCAGUGCGGGUGCGACCGUUUAAUAGAAGGGAGAUUGACAUGGAGAGUAAGUUCAUCAUACAGAUGGAUGGAAAGAAAACAACAAUUACCAACACUAAGAUGGCAGAGGAAAAGUUAGAUGGUGUUUCCGAGACAACAAGAGAGGCAAUGAGAGUUAAAGAUUUUACGUUUGAUUUCUCAUUUUGGACUGUUGAUAGGGAUGAUCCAGAAACUUACUGUGAUCAAGAAAAAGUGUACAAGUGUUUAGGUGUUGAUGUGGUUGAUUCAGCAUUUGAAGGUUACAAUGCCUGUGUGUUUGCAUAUGGACAGACUGGCUCAGGGAAAACAUAUACAAUGAUGGGACCCCCAGAUGAUGUUGGAUUGAUACCUCGUAUUUGUCAAGAAUUGUUUAACAGAAUGACUGAUCAUGAGACAACAAGCUACAGGACUGAAGUCAGUUAUUUAGAAAUAUACAACGAGAAAGUUCGAGAUUUGCUCAAAGUUACAAACACCCACAAUGUUGUCCAUAAUCUCAGGGUUAGAGAGCAUCCAAAAGAUGGUCCCUAUGUCCAAGGUUUAUCCAAGUAUAUUGUUCACAGUUUUGGAGAAAUACAAGCGUUAAUGCAAAAAGGAAAUUCUGUCAGAACAACUGCAUCAACCAACAUGAACGAUGUUAGCAGUAGGUCACAUGCUAUAUUUACUAUUGUCUUUACUCAGGCAACUAUAAAAGAUGGUAUACCUAGUGAAAAGAUGAGUAAAGUUCAUCUAGUGGAUCUGGCUGGAAGUGAGAGGGCUACUGCUACAGGAGCAACAGGUCAAAGGUUACGUGAAGGAGGAAGUAUCAAUAAAUCUCUUGUCUCUCUUGGAACUGUUAUCAAACAAUUAGCCGAGGUAUCAGAGAAAGGGUUGAGGGCUGGAAAGGGGCAUUUCAUUCCAUACAGAGAUUCUGUACUCACAUGGUUGUUGAAGGACAGUCUAGGUGGAAACUCUAGAACUAUCAUGGUUACAACUAUAUCACCUGCCGAUGUGAACUAUGCAGAGACAUUGAGUGCCCUCAGAUAUGCUAAUAGAGCCAAGAACAUUAUCAACAGACCCACUGUAAAUGAGGAUAAGAAUGUGAAGAUUAUACGAGAACUGAGAGAGGAAAUAGAACGUUUGAAAGCUAUGGUUGGUGGCGAUAUUGAUAGUAUAUCAGCACCUAAAGUGAAAGAGAGGCUACAUGAAAGUGAGGCUAGAAUGAAAGUACUGACAGAAGAAUGGAGUGAGAAAUGGAAAGAUAUUGCAAAUAUACUAAAGGAGCAGGGUACUCUAGCGUUGAGGAAGGAGGGUGCUGGUGUUGUUCUGGACUCAGCGUUACCUCAUCUUAUUGGUAUAGAUGAUGAUAUUCUCAGUACAGGCAUUAUGCUGUUCCAUCUAAAGGUUUAUAUUAAUUCAUAUGAGCCGCGUCAUGACAAAACCAACAUAAUGGGUUUGCAACCAGCAUGGAUCCAGACCAGUCUGCGCAUCUCAGGAGAGGAAGUAGAGAAGGAACAUUGUGUGAUAGAGAACGUGGACAACACUGUCACAUUAUACCCGGGUGACGAGGCAUUGUGCUGUGUGAACGGCAAUAUUGUAUCAGAACAUAUCAAACUUACUCAAGGAGCGGUGGUUGUUCUGGGAAAGACAAAUAUGUUCAGAUACAAUAACCCAGUAGAGGCAGCCAAGAUGAAAGAGGAACUAAAAAAGAAGCACAUUUUUGUGCUCAAGAGUGGGAUGUCUAUAUCUCUGUCACGUACAUCACUUAUCAGCCAGUCUAUGACAGACCUGUACAAAUCAUCUGAAAAUCUUUCUGGCUCUGGAUGGGAAUUAGAUAGCUCUCACAGGGAAGAACAAGAGAAAAUUGAAGAACUUAAAUGUCAGAUUAAGGUUUUAGAAGAUCGUUACCAUGCCGAGGAAGAGGAACGUCUCAACAAACAGGUUGCCAUGGAGAUAGAAUUAGAGAGGAAACAAAAUCAGCUAAAUAAGGCAAACAAAGAUCUUGAAAAAGUGCAGACAGAAGUUUUACAGGCACACCAGUUUGACCAUAUCCCUAUAAAACUGCCAAAGGGUGCUCAGAUAGAUGAUUUGUUAACAAAGUUAGAUGAUCGGGAAAUAAAGCUGAUAGAAACCAGCAGGCAGACAAGUGACACAUUACAUUUGAAACUGGAGACUUUGAGAAAUGAUAAUGAAGUACAUAAAAAGAAUGUACAGGCUCAGUUAGUUCUGCUUGAAGACAGGUGUAGACUGAAAGAUAAUGAGAUAAAAUUGCUGGAAGAUGAACUAAAUGUUAAAACAAUGGCAGCUAAAGAACAAGAUAUGGAGGAUCAGAAAGUGAUUGAUACAGAGCAACAACAAAUAAACAAACUUAAAAAAGACUUUGAGAUAAUAUUUCAUGAAAAGUUGGAGGAAAAUGAAUCUUUAAAAGGAAAAUUUCAAGAAAUUAAGGAGGAGGAAAUUCAGUUGAAAUCUCAGUUUGACAAAAAAGAAAUUGAAAUGAAGGAGAGAUGGAAGAGUGACGUUGAUGACAUUUCUAAAGAGAAUCAUGAGAUUGAAGAAGCUUGGAAUGAUUUAAAUGAUCAGGAAAGAGAAUAUGAUGAAUGUUUGAAAUCGGAAACAUUGACUGAUAAAGAAAGGAGGGAUAUUGAAAUAGAGAAAGAACAGUUAGAAGAAGCAAAAUGUUUAUUAAAACUUGAAGAAAAGAAAGUUGCAACGAAAGAGAGGAAAAUUCUUGAUGCAAUUGAAGUAGAAAUGGACAGAUGGGAAAAUUAUAAACAUUCUGAAGAGGCCAGGAUUGAUAAAAUGAAAAAGGAAUUGGCUAAACAGGCAGAAAGUUCAGAAUUAAAUUCAAUAAGUAGUAAAAUAGAUGAAAUGGAAGAAAAUGUGGCAGAAAUGGUUAGUGAUUUAAAAAAGCAAAAGGUUGUGUUGAAAGAAUUUAACAAAGACAUUGAACAAAGGAAAUCUGAAUUUCUAGACCAAAAGGAAGAUAUAAUGAGGGAAAAAGAGGCACUGAGUAGUUCACAGUGUCAGGCUGUCAUUAAACUGGAAGAGGAGAUUAUAUCUGUCAAUGAAGAAUUAAAUUCAGUAGAGGAAAAUCUCAGUGAAGAAUUAAAGGAGAUUCAGGAAGAAAGAAAAAGCUUGUUAUUAUUAAAGAAGUCUCAGAGUAUGGCAGAUUCAGGUAUAGGUGAUCUAGAUGAACAGUUACAACAGGUGCAAUUAACUGAUGAAGAUCAACUUAGAAUAGAACAAAAGAGAAAGGAGCUAGAAGAGUUACAGGAAGCUGUUGAUAGGGCACAAGAAAUAUUGGAGGAUAAAGUACGUAACUUUGACCAGGCACGAGAUUACGAGCUGGAUAUUAUAGAACUGGAGAAAGAUAACCUGCAGGAGAGAGUUAGACAAGACAGGAUAAAUGCACUAGUAGAACAGGAGGUAAAGAGAAGAAUGUUUGAGGAGAAACUUCAGCGGGAACAAAAACGUCAGCUGGAGCGAGACAAAGAGAAGAGGGAGAGGGAGGAAGAAAUUAAACGACUGAAAGAUGCUCAUCAUAGAGAAAUGAAACAACUUAAAGCCAGAUUUGAGAAAAGGAGUGGAUCAAUAGGAAAGGGUAUUACACCAACUCUAUCAAACCCCUACGCUUCUGUCAUGUCAGCUGAUUCAGAGGGAGAGGUUCUCAGGAGAAAAAGUGUAAGUUAGAUAUGUAUGACCUAACCUGUUAAAUAUUUGAUAAAAUCUAAAAAUA